GGGUUAAUUAUGCUUCCCUGAAUUUCCCCAUCGUUUCUACAAGUUCUAUGGACAUAUUUUGUAGUUUCCCACGCCUCUGAGGUACAGUAGGUCGUAGGGGGGUGUGGCUUGGGUGUGGCAGGGGUUGGUUCCCGCGCUGAAGACCCCUUAAGUGUUCAUGUAGCCCCCUCCUCUGCCUCUUUUGCUACUGUCCUGAGGCAGAGGUAUGUGGAGUCUUGCAUACAAUACAUCAUAUCUUUUAUAUACUUGUAUUGUGCAUUUUUCACAAAUAACUGUUUUCUGGUGUUGCACACCUUAUAUACGAGUUACGUUUGUUUAAUCACUGUUUUUAUGUUAGCUCGUUACACAAUGCAUAUUACCUCAGUUUUACAUGCUACAGUCUGCUAACGUGGCUGCAGGUGUAGCGGCGUUAACUAGCUAGCUUUCAGACCUUCAUACUGGUGAAUUGACUGAAUGUAUUUAAACGUGGGUUACCUGUUUGAUUGGCAGGAGCUGUGACGCGACUGGCUCGCUCCCUGCCUGAUUUGUGUUUGUUUUGUCAUAUAUUCCAGAGAGCAAUAAAUAUUAAAGCAAAGGUCGGUUGUGGCGUCCAUCACUAUUCCACUACAACACAACGCAGAGUGAUUGAGGGAGGGGAGAGACGACCUCUGUUACACUGGUGCCGUUUGACCCGUCGUCAGUUCAGCUGUAGCCGAACACCGGGGUUGCUGCAUGUUGAUGUGACGUCUCCACUGGACCGGAUCUGUUGCUGCCUCCGUCUACUGUCGCUGCGCCUCUUCUGCUCUUAUCGUCAGGAACGUCAGUGUCAUCUGACGUGUAUCUUUUGCACGGACUCUGAUAUCACACAUUGUCAAGGGUGUUUUAAUGUGUGUAUUGCAAAUGAGCAUUGUAUAUAUGUGUAUAUAGCAUUAUAUGAUUUGUGUUAUUUCUUUUCCCUGCAUUUUUACAUAUUUGAAUUAAUAUGGAUUUCACUAGUGAGAGUCAUGGGUACUUUAGUGUGGGGAGAGGGAGGGGCCUUCUGACAUUUAGUACUCCAGGUAGCUCUGGCUUAGCCAGUGGUGGCGUAGUUAAGGAUAGGGUAACAUUUUCCACGCCUGUGCAUCAGGAUUUGCCACCACUGGAGUUCACCGAGUCUGAUAUCCCAGUUAAACUGUCCAGUGAGCAGGUUAGAGAAAUCAGUGCCAACAUUAGUCAGUCUGUGAGUGCGAACCUUGUGAAUAGUGUGUGUCUAGGUUCACCAGCUCUCUCUGCGGGCCAUUCCCUGGGGGGUGGUACUCUUAUUGAUCUGUCAAAAUUGAAUCUCGUUCUCAAGUCUGAGAGGAAAGAGCCGCCUUUCUUUAGAGGUGAUGGUAGUGAUAAAUUCUCUCUGUGUGAGUGGGAGGGAUUAAUGAGAUUGUAUCUGAAUAAGGGUGGCUACACUGGGAGGGACUGUGUGGAUGAGCUGCUUAGCAGACUGAUGGGUCGCGCCAGGGAUGUAAUUCGGAUCUGGCUGCGUAAUAAUGUGCAGGUGUCUGAUUCAGGUAACGUGGAUGCUGUCUUUUGCAUUCUCAGACAGCAUUUCGACAGUGCGGUGCAUUCGGGUAUGCCUCUUGCGGAUUUUUACUCCACUACGCCGUAUGUCAAUGAGCAACCUCUUGACUACUGGAUCAGGUUGAAUAAGGCAGCUGAGGUAGCAGAACAGUCUUUGGGACAUGACAGUAGGGCGUUGCGGCUGCAGACUGUAGAAGUUGCCGCCAUGUUCAUUAGGCAUUGCCCUGAUAGAGAGCUCUCGAUGAUGUUUUUAAGUAAGCCACAGAGUGAGUGGACUACUUGUGAGGUCCAGGCACGUCUGGAUGAGUUUUUAAGGAAUCACAAGUUACAGAGGAGUAACGUAUUACAGAACACUGCUUCUAUGGGCACACCUGUAAUGGAGGCUGUGAGCUGCAGUGUGUCACCUGGUGAGUCUUCAGUGGGGGUGGGCAAGCCAGAUAGCGCAGCUGCAGAAGGUACCACAUUGGACAGAUUAUUGGACAUGCUGGAGAAGACACUAGUGUGUAAUUCCCAAGCUACUCGGCAUAGUCAGCCUAAGCGAGGUGAGAGGCGCAGUUUCAAGUGUGACGUGUGUCAGAGUUUGGACCACUCUACGCAGUCACACUGUAGGUUGCAUAAGUUGUGUUUUCUGUGUUUUAGUCCUGAGCACAUGCGCUCUCAGUGUCAAGGUAGGUCACAGGGUGUGAGACGUGCUGUGGAUUCUGCUGCGGUGGGGACUGCGCAGAAGCCGAAGCCGUUUCAGGGAAACUGAAGAGCCUCCAUUCGGAGGAGGGCAGUGGCAGGCAUCUGAGUUCACCCUCCAAUUUAAAUGAUGAUAUUGAGUCUGUUUAUUCGUAUUUUUGUGAGACAUUGCCAAAGUCAAGUAAGGUUGUCAUGCAAAACACCAUGAGAACUGCACAGAGUGAUGGUCUGUUUUACACCUCUGUAUUGGUGCAGGGCAAAGUUGAGUUAAAGGGGAUGUUGGAUACUGGGUCAAUGGCCACCACGCUUAGUGCAGACGCUGUGCCGCGUCUGAAGGAAGCAGGAGUGUUGCCAGGUGAGUUUCCAGUCCCUGUUGAUAUUGUUCUGGUUGGCUGUGGAGGUAAGCAGACUAGUCCUCUGGGCGUGUGUGACUUGGCCAUUGAGAUGUAUGGGUUCAGUUUUGAAGUCCCGGUGUUGAUUGUUGAGGGGCAGGUGGAUCCAUUGAUUGUUGGAACGAAUGUCUUAAAGCCAUUAAUCAGACAGUUCAAGUCCAGUGAUGCUUUCUGGCGGGUUGUGAGCCAACCUGACGUUAUAGGUCAGGAGAAUAGCAGUCAGUUCCUACGUCUUUUAUCCAGUCUGGAGAGAUGGAGAGGUGGGUCCAUCCCAGAUAAAGUGGGAACUCUGAGGCUGAAGAGCGCAGUCACGCUCCAGCCCAUGGCUGAGCAUCUUGUGUGGGGUAGGUUACCACCUAAGACACACAUCUCUGUUGGCAGCACGGUUGUUGUGGAGCCCAGCACUUCGCGCUGUAUUAAUAGACAAAUGCUAGUUGGACGAGUUGUCUCUCCUAUGUGGGGGGACGGGUGGCUUCCGGUCAAGAUCAUUAAUCCGACGUCGGUGGCAGUAACUCUGCGCCGGAAUGCAAAAGUAGCUGACGUAUAUCCCGCCAUUGCAUUAGAAGAUUUUGAUCAACAUUUUGUCUCACAGCAUGUGGCUAAGGUGAGCUCAGGCAGUUCUCAUGGCAGCUUGUCUGUAAAGAGUGAUUCCGGCAGCUGUGUGGGCAAUGGUGACUGCACACUGCAAAGUCUUGGACUGGGUGCUAUACCUAUUGACGGUUGUCAGGUCUCUUCUCAGUGGAAGGACAAGUUAGUUGAGUUGAUCACGGAAUUUGAAUCUAUCUUUUCUCGGCAUCACCUUGACUGUGGUGAAGCGAGUGAAUUUUGCCAUAGGAUUAGGUUGACUGAUGACCGUCCCUUCAGGUUGCCAUAUCGCAGGUUGUCCCCAGCACAUUAUCAGAAGUUGAAAGAGACUUUGGAUGAAAUGGAGGAGAAGGAGAUUAUUAGGAAGUCUAAUAGUGAGUACGCUUCUCCAUUAGUGCUAGUGUGGAAGAAGAAUGGAGACCUGCGGAUAUGCACUGACUUUAGGUGGCUGAAUGCGCGCACGGUCAAGGACGCCCACCCACUUCCCCAUCAAGCAGACGUUCUGGCUGCUCUGGGUGGUAAUGUAUUUUUCUCCACCAUGGAUCUGACAUCUGGCUAUUACAAUGUGCCAUUGCAUGAGGAGGAUAAGAAAUAUACAGCUUUCUCGUCUCCACUCGGGUUGCAUGAAUAUAAUAGGCUCCCUCAGGGCCUAUGUAAUAGUCCGGCUACCUUCAUGAGGAUGAUGCUCUCUAUCUUUGGUGAUCAGAAUUUCUUAAGUCUCCUCUGCUAUUUGGAUGAUGUCCUUGUAUUUGGGAGAUCUGAGGCAGAGAGUUUGCAACGCUUGCGCAUGGUGUUCGAGCGUUUGAAGGAGCACAACCUGAAGCUGUCUCCAGCUAAGUGCAACUUUCUUAGGAGGUCUGUGAAAUUUCUUGGUCAUAUCAUCUCGCAAGAGGGUGUUGCUAGCGAUCCGGAUAAAGUUGAGGCUAUUGUGAAUGUUUCGCAGUCAGACCUAAUGGAGGCUGAUGGCGUCACACCAUCAGCGAGUAAGAUCCGCUCCUUUCUUGGUAUGGUGGUCUACUACCAGCAUUUUAUUGAAAACUGCUCUGUGCUGGCAAGGCCAUUGUUUUCACUGACAGGUGGGUCGAAGCGCCCACGCAGAGGUAAAGGUGUAGCUAAGCCUGUGCAGAAGAGAAAGCUCUGUCCUCAGGACUGGUCCCCUGAGUGUACAGAGGCUUUUCAGAAUCUUAAAUCUGCACUGGUGAGUAGUGUGCCUUUGGCUCAUCCAGACUUCACAAAGCCUUUCCUUUUGUCUGUUGAUGCAUCUACUAGUGGUCUUGGAGCUGUUCUAUCUCAAGUGCAGCCCAAUGAGGACAAAGCUAGGCCCAUUGCUUUUGCCAGUAAGUCGUUGAAUCAUGCCCAGUCCAAGUAUCCUGCUCAUAGGCUUGAGUUCUUCGCUAUGAAGUGGGCUAUUUGUGAUAAAUUCAGUCACUGGUUGCGGGGUCACAGGUUCACUGUAUGGACUGACAAUAACCCCCUUAAGUAUGUCUUGACGAAGCCAAAGCUGGACGCGUGUGAGCAGCGUUGGGUGGCUAGGUUGGCCCCGUUUGAUUUUGACAUCCUGUAUAUUCCAGGUCCUAAGAAUGUGGUAGCGGAUGCCCUUAGCAGAGAGCCUUUUGUGAGGCCCAGGAUUAUGCAUCGCUUGACCAGAACUUCUUAUGCUGAACUGCUUAAAGAAGCUGAGAGCCUGCAGGUGGACUCAGUCCAAGACAUGUUUCGCCUGUCGUCUGAGCUUUCUGAGGCACGGGAACAGCGGGCAGCUUCCAUGGCUGAUGGCGUGUGUGUUGGGGCCACACAUGUCGUUCAGGACGAGGCAGCGAACCUGCUGACGAGAGGGCGGUCAGCGGUCUCCUUGUCUGACAGCGUGUGUGUUGGGGCCACACAUGUCGUUCAGGACGAGGCAGAGAACCUGCUGACGAGAGGGCGGUCAGGGGUCUUCUUGUCUGACAGCGUGUGUGUUGGGGCCACACAUGUUGUUCAGGAUGGGAUGGGAGGCUGGGUCUCACGUGCGGAGGUUUCGGCUGUGUUGCAGUCCUCUCGUCACUGGGAGGACGGUGCUAAACUUAGGGCUAUUGCACAUGUUCAGCACUUAAAAUCUAUGUCUAUGACUGGUCAGAAUCCUUUGCCUGUCCUUAGUCAUGAUGAGCUGUAUGACAAGCAGUGUCAGGACUCCACUAUCAGCAGAGUUAGGUUCUUUGUUGACAGGGGACGUCGCCCAUCCCGGCGGGAGAGGGUGCAUGAGUCUCGGGAGACGCUUAAAACGUUGAGGCAGUGGAGUAAACUCACUACGCGGUUGGGUGUGCUGUACAGGGUGUCUAAGAAUCCUGUGUCUAAAAAGAAUACCUUCCAGUAUGUGGUACCUGAGGCGCUGAGGAUCAUGGUUCUAAAAGGGGUUCAUGAUGAGGCAGGGCACCAGGGCCAGCAGCGUACUCUGUGGCUGGCCAGACAGAGAUUUUACUGGGACACGCUUGAAAGGGACGUCAGGGAUUAUGUUCACAGGUGCAAAAGGUGUGUAGUUAGCAAGGCUCCGGAACCUGAGGCUAGGGCCCCUCUUGUUUCCAUUGCUACCUCAGCUCCUUUAGAAUUAGUCUGCAUUGACUUUUGGUCUGCGGAAGAUUCGCACAACAAGUCCAUUGAUGUUUUAGUGGUCACUGACCACUUCACGAAACUGGCGUGUGCAUAUCCCUGCCCUAAUCAGUCUGCUAAGUCUGUAGCUCGGGUUCUAUGGAAUAACUUCUUCUGUGUGUAUGGUUUUCCUGCGUGCAUUCACUCGGAUCAGGGGGCUAAUUUUGAGAGCUCUUUAAUCGCAGAGCUGCUCCUGUUAGCUGGGGUGGAGAAAUCUCACACCACUCCGUACCACCCCAUGGGGAAUGGUCAGGCAGAGAGGAUGAACCGUACUCUGGGAAGUAUGAUUAGAGCCCUACCACCAAGGUCAAAGGUCAAGUGGCCUCAGCUACUCAACAAUCUCACCUUUGUGUACAACUGUACUGUCCACGAGACCACAGGGUUCCCCCCUUUCUUUUUAAUGUAUGGCCGCACUCCUAGGUUACCUGUGGACUUAAUGUUUGAAAGUGUCCUGCUGGACGGGGAUACAGUGGACAUUGACACCUAUGUUUCAUCCUUGGGCAGGGACUUACGGGAGGCCAUGGUCGUAGCUCAGUCUAAUGCGGAGAAGCAGCAACGUAGGCAGACUGAGCUAUAUAAUAGAAGAACUAAAGGGCAACCGGUCAAUGUGGGUGACAGGGUACUGCUGGCCAACAAAGGUGAACGGGGAAAGAAGAAACUGGCAGAUAGAUGGGAGGGAAUAAUUUACACUGUUUUGGCGGUGAAUGCCACCACACACACCUUUAAAAUUAGGAGUCCAGCAGGCAGUGUCAAAACUGUACAUAGAAACCUCAUCAUGCCAGUGAAUUUUUUGCCGCUCCCUGACGCUGGUGAGGAUGACAAACAUCUGUCAUGUUCUGGUGGCAGUGUUAGUGCGGCUGGCAGCUCACAGUCCAGUGGGGAUAGCGCCACUGUUGACAGGACUGUUAGGUGGGUUGCUGGUCUCCCAGGUAGCUCUGACACACACGGUAGUGACAUAGGAGAUUUUGGGUCAGUGACGGUAGACAGAGGGAAUGAUAUGCUUCCGGUCUCAGCUGGAGUGGAAUCAGAGAGGACCUCGGUACCUUCAGCCUGUGAGAGCCCUCUGUGCGCUGUGUCGGAUGAUUGCGCUGAUUCUCUGUCAGUUGACCCUCUCCCAACUGUGAAUUCUACCCACACUGGUGUUACUGCGUCUACUGUCUCACCUGGUCGCCGUAGGAGUGGCGUGCGCACAAGGCGUGGCAGGCUGAUUAAACCUGUGAAUAGACUCAUACAGGUUAUGUCUACGCAGUGGGUGCGGAGUCUUUUUAGAGGAGCUCACUAGAGGUUAUUCACACGUCUCUACUGUGUAUGUAGGCCCUGUAUGUAUUUUUGAUAAGUUUUCUUUCAUAAAGGGUGUAUUUUUUUUUCUUCUCUUCUUUUAAGUCUCUCCUCUCCACACUGUACUUCCCCUGAAGGGGAGGAUCAUACAUGUUCUGUCUAUUGCAUUAGACUGUGCUUGCAGGUUAGGGUAUCCUCUGCUCAUGGGGUGUAUAGGGCACCUCUUCUAAGGUUGGGUUACCUUCCUAGUCCUUUAACGGACGGCUUUCAUCGCUGGUGGACCAGUGGUCCUAUCUAUGGGUUGCACUACCUGCAAUUUAUUUUUCAAUACGGGUUGUUUUCUACUUAUUUCUAUAUUAUAUUGGUCUAUGUAUAGGUAAACCUUUCUGAUUUUUUUAUUUUUUAUUUAUUUUUUUUUGUAUGGCUGAAUAGUUGAAAUUCAGUGAAGUCAGUGGGGGUGAGUGUAGCAGGGUUAAUUAUGCUUCCCUGAAUUUCCCCAUCGUUUCUACAAGUUCUAUGGACAUAUUUUGUAGUUUCCCACGCCUCUGAGGUACAGUAGGUCGUAGGGGGGUGUGGCUUGGGUGUGGCAGGGGUUGGUUCCCGCGCUGAAGACCCCUUAAGUGUUCAUGUAGCCCCCUCCUCUGCCUCUUUUGCUACUGUCCUGAGGCAGAGGUAUGUGGAGUCUUGCAUACAAUACAUCAUAUCUUUUAUAUACUUGUAUUGUGCAUUUUUCACAAAUAACUGUUUUCUGGUGUUGCACACCUUAUAUACGAGUUACGUUUGUUUAAUCACUGUUUUUAUGUUAGCUCGUUACACAAUGCAUAUUACCUCAGUUUUACAUGCUACAGUCUGCUAACGUGGCUGCAGGUGUAGCGGCGUUAACUAGCUAGCUUUCAGACCUUCAUACUGGUGAAUUGACUGAAUGUAUUUAAACGUGGGUUACCUGUUUGAUUGGCAGGAGCUGUGACGCGACUGGCUCGCUCCCUGCCUGAUUUGUGUUUGUUUUGUCAUAUAUUCCAGGUAUGCCAUGUUUGUUUUAUGUACUUUUGUUAUUGUCUUUUCACAUGUACUUGUAUGGCGAUUCACGCAACUGCGUGUCUCGUGGUUUUGCCGCUCUCUUUUGCUACUGUCCUGAGGCAGAGGAGCUGUGACGCGACUGGCUCGCUCCCUGCCUGAUUUGUGUUUGUUUUGUCAUAUAUUCCAGAGAGCAAUAAAUAUUAAAGCAAA